CCACAUUUCAGCUGUUCAUUGGAUUUUCGCGAACAUUUUUCUGUUUCAAAUAGAAAAUAAUGGAUUUACAUAAAUUUUUACAACCCGCUACUUUAACAGCACAAAUAGUUCGAGCUUAUGGCAAACACAAUAAGAAGUUCUUAUAUAAAGAUGGAAAAAAAUAUGGCAAAAUCAUUUAUUAUCCAAUAAACCCUGAACAUGAAGACCCACCAAUUGAACCAGCAAAGCUUUUCCGUGUUCAACGUGUGAAACCCGUCAAGGGUAACCCCUUUUGGGAGAAGCGUAUUUUAAAGGAUCUUGGGCUUGAUGGGAAACAGAGUGAUUUCACUGUAGUAAAAAAUAUACCAGAUGUAAAUGCUAUGUUGUGGAAAGUAAAGCAUUUGAUAAAAGUCACCCCCAUCACAUUUCCAUAUGGUGAACCCACAGCGAACGAUCUUAAACACACCGUUCUCAAGGAAAAUGGAGAAUGUAUUGUUACGAAGGAAAUAGGUCCUGUUGUUGAACGUUUAGAAGCAGCCGAAGCAUUUGAAUCAGACCCCAAACGUUUAGACACAGAUUUAUUAAAACGUGAUGCUCGAAUGAAAUGGCUGAACCCAUGGUAAAUAGAAAGUAAAAAAAAUUAGAAUGAUUUGCAUUACUUUAAUAAAUAAAAAAUAAUAAUCAGAAUUAA